AAAAAAAUUACUUAAAUCUUUUUCUAAUCAAAAAUGGUAUUUUGGCCUCAUUGUUUUUAAAUUUUUAAGAUAUUCAGAGCUUCUUCAUAAAAUUUUCCAACAUAUUUUCGAUCAUUGAUUAUUUCGACUUCAUGAAUGUUAGUACCCACCAAGUUUAUUUAAGAAUAUUCUCUUUCGUAUAUACUUCAUAAUUCCAUGAAAAUUCGCUAUUUCGAUAUCUCUCACAAAAAGACGUAAUGUUUCACUAUUUGUGCUAUCAAUCAUGUUCUCAUGAUCCUUUGUCAUACUUAAGAAGAGCAGGUGUACAAUGGAAUAGACGUGUUCGUAAAAGCUUGAAUGCGAUGUGUAAUGAUCUCAGUGUACCCGUGCUGGGACAACAAAGAACUUUACAGGAUCGUGAAGAAGUGCUAACGAAAUGGGAUGAACUAAGCAAUUAUACCAUCGAGUUGUCGAAUUUUCGUCCAGUUUAUGCACCAAAGGAUUUAUUGGAUGUACUGUUGUCUUUAAAGGGUCCAGCAAGACAAAGUGAAACUAAAAAGGAGUUUGUGCAAUUACCUAAAUGGGAAUUCUCUCAUAUAAAUUUACCUGUAAAAAAUCUCUUUGAAUUGCGAGCCAUUUAUGUCGAACUAACAACUAAAGAUCAAACAUCUACCCAUGAAAUGGUUCAUAAGUGCAAACGCAUUUUACGCUCUAAGCACGCGACUCUUGCUCAGCAGUUACUCAAAAAAGGAAUGACUCCCGCACCAUUCCGUGGACAGUUGUGGACGUAUGUGCUAGGAAGUCAAGUAACAGACACGGAGGUUAAUUACUGGAACAAACUCAAAAAUUCAGUUAUAACAAUAGAUCACAUUGCCGAUAAAUUAGUUUUCAAGGACAUACAACUCACCGCAUCUAAUGAUGAUCAGUAUUUUGUUUUUGAAGAUAUACUCUAUCAGAUUUUAUUGUGUUUUUCGCGUGAUGAGUAUGUCGAUGAACAAAUUGUUGCUGAAAACUAUGUAUCUCGAGGUAAAUACUAUGAUGCGCCACCAUCCGGAGUUGUGCCAUUCCAUGGUAUUUGUAUGUUUGCUGCACCAUUUUGUUAUCUCUAUAAAGAUCCAAUUCAGAUGUAUUUUACAUUCCGGGCGUUUUAUAUACGUUUCUUUCAUCCAUUGAUCACAAUUCAGACUCAUCCACAGGGUAUCGUGAGUUUAUGUCUAUUAUAUGAAAGACUUCUACAGACACAUGAGCCGGAACUGUGGUCACAUCUACGCCAACUUGAAAUACAUCCCAUUAAAUUGGUCUUUAAGUGGCUGAUGCGUGCAUUUAGCGGACAUUUGCAUCCUGAUCAAUUGCUUAUACUUUGGGAUUUGAUUUUAGCAUAUGAUUCUUUAGAAAUCUUACCAUUAUUUUGCACUAUUAUCUUGAGCUUCCGUAAAGAAUGCCUCCUACAAGUGAACUCUUGGGAACAAAUCGAAAAUGUGUUAGCCGAUCUAUCGUCGAUCCAGGUUAUACCGCUAAUACAGUUAACACUAAAUCGCGAUUCUUAAUACUAAACUAGGAACCAAUGAUCUCGAAAAAUUUUAAAAAAUCUGCGGAAAUGAUGGUUUACGAUUUAUGCUAAAAUUUAAUUUAUUCCAAAGGAUCGAAGAUCUGAUUGAAAUAAUCUCAAUUCGAUUAAGGAAAUGUUCAAAUUUAUUAGUCAAUUAGAUAGUAAAAAUAUAUUGUCUUAACAAAAUUUAUGUAAAUUUGAAGAAACAAAAAGCCAGUCAAUACCAAUAAAUAUUUUUUUA